AUGUUCAAGCAUAGAGAGAACAUGGCCCACGCGCCAUUCAGCAUAGACCCGCAAGGAAGUGGAACUACAAUGAAGGCUGUCAGCUUCGGUCAGGAGCAGAGGCAGCAGCAUGGCGACAGAGUCAAUGUCCCCACCGCGGCAGCGAAAAAGCGGCCCCGUGACAUCCGCGGGAUUGAGCGGUUUAGACAAGUCAUUUAUGGUGAGAAGGGUCUGUCUCGUCUCCACGCAAUGGUCGCACGCAACCCCAUUCUCAUGUACCCGCCGGAAGGAAUAGAAGCGGCGCGAAAGCGAAUGCAAAAGAAGUGCGAAGAGGCAUCGGCUGUGUCACGGGAGGGGCGGCCUGAAAGGAAGAGGAAUUUAAAUGAUUCUCACCCGCCCGAGGGGGACGAGGACGUUUGGACAAUGUUUGAAGAACGUCAGGCUGCAGAGACUUCUGCAGCGCCUGACGGCCCUCCACUUCAACAGUCCUCUGGGAACGAAACAAAUGCACCGUCUUUCUUUGCCGCAGCUCCUUCGGGUGCCUCGGUGGGUGGAACGACAAACGACCAGGAACUGGCAAAUUAUCAUCGUCGGCAGCUUGAUGCCCUGAUGGGGAUUUAUUACGAAUUCAAUCACCUCACAUUUAUGAAGCUUCCAAUGAAGGACACGUUGCAGCUGCUUCAGCGGUGCGGAAGGGGGGCGGUUGCGCAAGUCAUGGAAUUUGAGAUGCAAUUACGCAUGCAACGCGAGACACGACUUAAGGAACUGGAUGCCGUGGCGGAGGAGGAAAGGGAACUGAAGAGGCGUCAAAUGGAGGUGCAUGAAAAAAGGCUGGAGAUACAAAUGCAGGUGGCGGAAAAGAUACAACAGGAUCUAGCCGAUGAAAUGGAUGAUGAUAAAGAAGUAGGAGAAAAUGAACGGGGAUGA